GUAACCAUUUUCAAGCAAUCAACAUCCAUAUUAAUUUUUAAGCAUAAAAAUAGGCUAUAUGUUAUUCUGAUGCAUAAGCUGUGAUUUUUCAUCAAAAUCUGUUCUUGCAUAAAAGAGUAACAAACUUUUAAAUGGGUUUAUAUCUUCUACUAUCACAUUUUCUACUUUCAUUCAAAGAUAAAUCGAGAUUCAUAGCCUUUAUUAAUUCAAUUACAGUUAUAGUCCCUCUUAUAUUUCCCUUUAGUAUCUGAAUUGACCACUUUUACUUCAACCUUUCAUUGUUAGCUGCAACUUCAUCCCAACCAGUAAUAGCUCUUAUGUCUAUAACUCUGUUUUCAUCUGUCCUGAUACCAACAUGCUCCUUUGACAUAACAAGCUCUUAGAUAUUUUUCUUAGUGAUAGUAGCUAGUUGAUAGGUUCUUCCAUACUUAUCUUUGUUCAGAAAUGGGACAUUGUCAUUUUCUUAUACUUUUCAGUGAGUGGUAUCUUUUCCGAGAUGUUGUAAUUCAUUGAUGUCUACCAGUUGCAUUUGGUCAUUUAUAGAGCUGAGUUGGCCAAGAUAAAUAUAGUGUAUGUUCUCUCCUGCUUUAAUUAGUACUUCUUUUUUGGUUUCAUUGGUCAUUAUUCGGGUUUUAGUUGUUAUAAUUAAUAGUGGAGUUGUUUCUCAAGGCUCUUUUGUUUUGCUUUUUGUCCCAUCCUAUCUAUGUCUAUAGUAUGUCUUUAGGUCCUGAUACUCAAAUAUAUCAGUUCAUUUAAAUGAUGAUGGUUAGAAUACAUCCUUUUUAUCAUUAUCAAUGAUAACUUCUUGUGAUUUCUUACGAUCCACCGCCUCAUCCCCUGCUGAUAUAAAAUCUGAAGGAGUUUCACUGGAUGUGGUUCAAUGGCUGAUUACCUUAACAUAUUUUUAAUUGUCUGUUCCAUUUGUUCUGCUUACAUCUCUAAUACCAUCAGCUUACAGUAAUUUUGGAUUCUACUAAUGCAAAUCGUUAACUAUUAUCACUCACAUUGUAUUAGACAGUCAUUGUUUUACAAAAACACUAAUAGUAACCGGCUCAUAUUAGACAUUAUUUUCAUUAUUAGGCAUUUUUUAAAUAAAAUCACCUGGUUUGUCUGAAAAACGUCCAAUGGAGGUUGCAUUUGGUCCGAUUUAGAAGUUUAAAAUUAGACAUGUCAGUUUCAGAACUGACAUGUCUAAUUUUGCACAUAUGUGAUAAAUUUUAAUUACCUCUUUACUUUGUUUGUCAAUGACUAGGUAGAUAGGUAGGUAGGAGUAGGAACUUCUAGCUUUUGCUUUUGUUAUUACAAUUCCAUCAUGAAUUGCAAAUUUAUACUUGUAGUACCUUGAACCAUAUCUUUUGCUUUCCAUUUGCCAUUAUACAUUUUUAUUCUAAGCUGCAAAUGCAGAACCUAUAUAUAUAGAGAUUCUGCUAUUGCAGCUUUAUGAGGCAAAAAGUGAUGGAAACUUAAAAGUCCAAAGAAGAUAUAAUUGAAUAUAAAUAUAAAUGUCUCACAUUCAAUAAUUUGUAAUACCAGGGACUAGAGGGACAUCUCAUAGAUACUCAGUCAAUUUAUAAUAAUAGUAUGAAAUAACUUUAGUAAUUUAUAUGUAUCUUACAUGUAGAAUGAUAUAACGUGUGCAGUAACGAUGAAGAAAUCGGAAGUCACGAGAAUGGACUCUUCUUCCGAUGACGCUUUCAUGUGGACUAAAGAUUCCGGUGUAGAAGAGAGUUCUGAUGGAAGCAUAAUUUUACAUCAAUUUACGAAAAUUCCGAAACAUCCAGAUGCAAAUAAAACUAUACAAAUUCAUACGUUACCAUAUAAUCUUGAUAAUGUAUUUGAAAUAAAAAGUGUACCUUGUGCUAUGGAUAGUGAUGAUAUUGACACCACCAAUAAUAUAGGAAUAAAAACGGAGCCUGGGAGCAAGACAGACUCCAAAAAGAAAAAGAAGAAAAAUAAAAAUGCUCCACAUACUGUAGUACAUCCUGAUGAUGAAAGUUAUUUGAGUACUAGAGUUAAAGAAGAAUUAGCAAGUCAGAGCGAAAACGAGAAGUUACCUAAGUCAUCUGAAAAAUCAAAGAAAAAGAAAGGUGACCCUAAAAUUGAUAACUCUUCUAAAAAGAAAAAUGGGAAUCCACAUGUUGACCUUAAACAAAACAGUACUAAAAGGAAAAACAAUAAGCCUGAUAGCGACAGCGAAGAAAUUUUAUGGAAAAAAAGAAUUAAACUUGAAUCUGGUAGUGAUACAGAUAUAUAUAAACAAAAUAGGAAGAGACAAAAUGACGUUGAAAUGUCACAAAUUUCUUCAAUACAUUCGGACUAUAAUUCAGCAGAUGACAGUUUUUUGGAUGCCAAAGUUAAACAAGAAAAUAACAAAUCCCAAAAGGUAAAUAAACAAACUAAGUCUAAAUGUAAUUCUGAUGAUAUUCAGAAUGAACGUGAAAACUUGUCUAAGACUUCAAAAAAAUCGAAGCGUAAGAAAAAUAAUAGUGAUAUGGAUGCCACGGUAAAUAUUAAAGGUAACGAAGUCCCAUUUGGAAAAAACAACAAAAAGAACAAUAAAAAAAAUAAAAAGUCUAACAAUAAGAGAGAUAAAAUCGAAAAAAUGAAUGUUGAUGUGAAUGAUACCGAAAUCUAUGAUAUCAAUAAUAGUAAAACUACACCGGGCAGUAGCUUUAUGAAUAGUUUUGAAAUUACAAAAGCUGAAAAUGAAAAUACACUGGCCUUACAUAGCGAUGAAAGUUCCACUGAUGACUUUCAUAUGGAUAUUGCCAGUUGUAAACCAACUAUUAUUAAGUUAAAAGAAAAUAAUAUCUCGAAAGUAGUAUCGCGUAAUAUUUCCCAACAGAAUCUUACUAUUGCCGAAAGAUUUACAUUCGAAGAUGACAAUAAUCGAUCAAAUAAUGAGGCACAUCAAAGUACACGAAACAGUACUAUCACUUCUUUAACAACAUUUAAGAAUUGUUUUAAGGAGGCCGCUAACAUUAAGCCCAUUGUAGGCGUAAAUCAAAACAGUUCUGCAGUAUCUAUUGAUGAUGAAGUAUGGCUUCUUAAUUGGCCACAUGAAGUUGAUGGUAAGACUCUGACAGAGAAUGAGCUAAGUUUAGAUUCCGAAUGUAAAGUCAAAGUGAGAAGUGACGCCUACCAAGCACUUAUUGAUGAGGAUAUAAAUAGAAUAACGAUGAGUUCGCCGGAACCAAACAAUGUGAUAAAUAAUCUUGCCCUCAGUGGGACUGUAAACUUUCGUAAAAGAAUUCCCAAACGACGUAUGCAGGAUGAUAUUUCUCCGACUGAAAUUCAAACAAAUGCUAUACCUUUACCAGAAACCAAAUGUCGUCAUCCGUUAUUUGGUGCAGACUACAAAAAAUCCCUUGAUCUUCCAAAUGCUGUUGCACAACGGUUAAAAGAAAAUGAAAGAUCGUCUUUGCAUGGUAAAAGGAGAAAGAAAAAUAAGCCUAAAAUGCAUGUGAAGGGAGAAAAAAUUAAUAAUGAUACCAAUGAACCUGAGAAGGUGGUGACAAAAAAACCAAAAAAGCGCAGGCAUUCUGAUAUAAAGUCAAAGAAAACGAAACCAGUAUCAAACAAACCUGUAUCUGCUGAUACAUGGAAAUCGGGCAAGUCUAUUGAAGAAAUGCUUUUCAAUUUUUGAUAUUUACAAAUUUAAUUUAAUUUAUCCUUGUGUUUUUUUUAAUGUAUGACGCAUUGUUAUUGAGAAAAAAUAGUAACAAUGUAAUUCAAACCAUAUCCGGAAAUUAGAAUCUUACAGUAGUAAGUGUACUACAAUAAGUUGUAUGAUCAUGAAAUAUUGUUUACCCAAAGUAUGUCUUCAUAUUAUCAAUUUUAUGAAUGAAAUUUGGAUUUGACUAUUGUACUGUACAUAGGUACACAUCGGCCUAUCACUACAUCAUACUUUCAGUGGAAAAUACACACUCUUUUGAGAGCUACAAAGUUAGAAUUAUAUGUGUUGAGUGAAAGCUCAGGAAAUAGUAGUAUACAAUAGAAUAGAUUUUGAUGCAAUUGCAAGGUAUAUGUUGUAUUCUUAUUUAUAAUUAUGUCUUAGAAUAAGGUAUGGCAAGAAUCGUGCCACAUAUUCAUGCACAGAUAUUCAAUUAUAAAUGUUUAGUAUUUCGAUUGAUACUAUACUUAUAACAACAACGUUGUAACUCAUAUCAAUUAUAUAAUUACUCAAUAUAAUGUUACUAUAAGUUAAUGCAAACUUUCUUUUUUAGUUCGCGUUUCUAUUCUUGUAAGAGUAAUCAUAACAAUUCUUUUAUUUGUAUUCUUCGCGUACACUGGACCAUGCAUUGCCUAUAAGCCAUGCUUGCGACAAGAGACGCAUCUAAAUAGAAGUAUAUGUUGUAUUCUUGUCUAUCUAACGUAGAAUAAGAAUAUGGCGAUAAUAGUGCCACAUAUGAGAUUUGUUCACAGAUGUUUAGCACUUCGAUUGAUAAUAUACCAAUAAUAUCAUUGUAACUCGGUGUUUAUUAAUAAUGAAUGUUAUGUUAUUCGAUGUAAUAGAAUACGAUUAUGCUAUAAUUAAAUGCAUCGUGACUAUGUACUUUCACAUUUUUUCUCGCAGUAAUUUUCUGUAAGAGACGCUCAGGCGCAGCCCAUAAGCAUUGCUUGAUAAGGGCCUAUAUAAUUAGUAAUAUAAGUUGUAUUGUUGUCUAUCCACCGUAGAAAAAUAUUCGGCCAUAAUUGUACGUAUGCGUACACAAAGAAAAGAUUUCUUUAUAGAUGUUUAGUACUUCGAUUGAUGUUAUACCUUAUAAAGACAUUGUAUCUCAGUGUGUAUCAAUAAUGUCUUAUACCAUUUGAUGUCAUAUGAUGUAAUAAAAUACAUACUAUAAUUUACUGCA